ACCAAAAAAUUGUUUUGUGUUGUAGUUUUGUGAGUCGGAGGUGAUUUGCACUUUUUCUGAAUGUAAAAGGAGUUGAAGGGGAAGAAAUUUAUAGAAAUUAUCGAAUUUUUGUUAAGUGUAAAAAUCAAAUUUCCAGCAAAAUGACGGUUGCUGCGAAGAUGGAUGUUGAUUCCUACCGAGGUGAAGGUUUUCGGCAAUAUUACAUCACGAAAAUCGAAGAAUUGCAAUUGGUCGUAGCCGAAAAAAGUCAAAAUCUACGUCGUUUGCAAGCUCAACGAAAUGAACUAAAUGCCAAAGUUCGUAUGCUUCGCGAGGAAUUGCAAUUGUUGCAAGAACAGGGCAGCUAUGUUGGUGAAGUGGUGAAACCAAUGGACAAAAAGAAGGUAUUGGUAAAAGUGCAUCCAGAAGGAAAAUUCGUUGUCGAUAUUGAUAAAAACAUUGACAUAAACGAUGUCACACCAAAUUGUCGUGUUGCUUUGCGUAAUGAAAGUUAUACAUUACAUAAAAUUCUACCAAACAAAGUGGAUCCGCUGGUAUCACUUAUGAUGGUUGAAAAAGUGCCCGAUUCAACAUACGAAAUGGUCGGCGGUUUGGAUAAACAAAUUAAAGAAAUCAAAGAGGUCAUUGAAUUGCCAGUUAAACAUCCGGAAUUGUUCGAUGCUCUCGGUAUUGCCCAACCGAAAGGAGUACUGCUUUAUGGACCACCAGGUACUGGUAAAACUUUGUUGGCUCGUGCCGUGGCCCAUCAUACCGAAUGUACGUUUAUCCGUGUGUCCGGUUCGGAGUUGGUGCAAAAGUUCAUUGGUGAAGGUUCGCGUAUGGUGCGCGAAUUGUUCGUAAUGGCCCGUGAGCAUGCACCUUCAAUCAUUUUCAUGGACGAAAUCGAUUCGAUUGGUUCAUCACGUAUUGAAUCGGGCAGCGGUGGUGAUUCAGAAGUACAACGUACUAUGUUGGAAUUGUUAAAUCAAUUGGACGGUUUUGAAGCAACGAAAAAUAUCAAGGUCAUUAUGGCCACCAAUCGUAUUGAUAUUUUGGAUCCAGCUUUAUUGCGUCCAGGACGUAUCGAUCGUAAAAUUGAAUUUCCACCACCAAACGAGGAGGCUCGUCUCGAUAUUCUCAAAAUUCAUUCACGUAAAAUGAACUUGACGCGUGGCAUUAAUCUUAAAAAAAUUGCCGAAUUAAUGCCAGGCGCUUCGGGUGCUGAAGUUAAAGGUGUUUGCACCGAAGCCGGUAUGUAUGCAUUGCGUGAGCGUCGUGUCCAUGUUACACAAGAAGACUUUGAGAUGGCAGUGGCUAAAGUAAUGCAAAAAGAUUCCGAAAAGAAUAUGUCCAUCAAAAAAUUGUGGAAGUAAACUUCAAAUCGAUCAUUAUUCACUUAAAAUUCUACUUUUUGAACAUCGUUUGCUUUAUACAUAAUAUGAUUUAAUGAAACCAUUUUACAAAUAAAAAAAAUUGAGAAAAAA